CUUUAUCAAGAUAUGAACUCUACUGUACAAGUUGAUCAGCUCAGCUGGUUAGAGCAACAAUGGCAAGCGGCUUACCGGGAUAGAGAUCCCCUGGUGGUGACUGGUAUCAUUGCCUUUGUCAUGCAUGAACUCGUUUAUUUUGGUAGAUUCAUUCCAUUCUUGAUCUGCGAUUUUAUUCCCUACUUUAAACAGUAUAAAAUACAGCCCAACAAGGUCAAUACUUCUGCCGACUAUUGGAAAUGCACCAAACUUGUCUUAUAUCAACACUUUCUGUACGAGGGACCGCUCAUCUUUUUAUUUCAUCCAAUGGCAUCUCUCUUGGGCAUGAACAUUGACGCGCCUUUCCCUGCAUGGAAAUACAUUCUGCCUCAAAUUGCCAUAUUCUUUGUCUUUGAAGACGCUUAUCACUAUGCUGUUCACCGUCUAAUGCACUGGCCACCACUCUACAAACGUAUUCACAAGGUUCAUCACGAAUAUGCCGCUCCAUUUGGUAUCGCUGCUGAGUACGCUCAUCCUCUUGAAACAUCUAUUCUUGGUUUCGGCACCAUUGGCGGACCAUUGAUCUACCAUGCCUUCCAAAAAUUCUUUAUCCAUGCUGACCGACCUUGGCAACUCCAUCUUUUCACUAUGCUAUUCUGGAUCGUCUGUCGCUUGUGUCAAGCCAUCGAUUGCCAUUCCGGAUACGAUUUCCCUUGGUCGCUUCGUCACUUCAUUCCAUUUUGGGCAGGCGCUGAUCAUCACGAUUACCACCAUAUGGCAUUUGUAGGUAACUAUGCUUCCUCUUUUCGCUGGUGGGAUUACAUCUUUGGAACUGAUGUCAAAUAUCGCGCUUACCGUAAGAAACAAGCAGAAGAAAAGCGUCAAAGAAAGAACUUGUAA